AUGGCUCGUGGCGGUACCCAGAUGACCAGAGUCCAUUACAGGGGCAAGAAUGACGACUACUUCGUCUUUCUUGACAGCGUUGAGGACUACAGGAAGUGGCUGGGUGAUUCAUCCAUUCCCCUUGCACAGGUGGUUCGGUCGUUCCAGAUCUUCUGCACACACAAGCACGGCAACCAAGGAAUGUAUGACCAUGCUUCGAAUGCCGACCUCGACAACGAGUUUGGCACCCAUAAGGAUGUGGAAGUCCUGGAGAAGGUUUUGCGCGAGGGCACAGUUACCGAGGGUCAUAUGAUGGAGCGUAAUGGCGGCAGGAAUGAUUCGAAUGGCGGCUGGGGAGUCGGGAUUGGGCCCAACGGCGGCGGUCAUCCCGGCACUCACCAGUAG